AUGAAUUCAAAUUCUAAAUUAAAUAAAAGGUUCAGUCAAAUAAAUUCACAAUAUACAAAUGAAGAUUGGUAUAGUGGAAGUAUUAAAUCGAUCACUCUAGAAAAUUUUAUGUGCCAUUCAAAUUUUCAUUUAACAUUGAAUCCUCGAAUUAAUUUUAUAUCAGGUUUGAAUGGUAGUGGAAAGAGUGCUAUCCAAACUGCUCUUGUUGUAGGGUUUGGUGCUAGAGCAAGUAUCACUGACCGUGCUAAUUCAUUAAAGUCGCUUAUCAAAUAUGGGUAUACAUCAGCUACUAUAUCAAUAACCAUAGCAAAUAGUGGAGACGGAAAUAGUGAUUGUGGUCCUUAUAGGCCUGAAAUAUAUGGCAAGCAAAUUACAAUAGUGAGGCAAAUUACAGAAUCAUAUACUAACUAUACAUUUUUAAAUGAAAAUAAUAAGGUUGUUAAAGGUUGUAAAAAUGAAUUAAAAAAUUUGACACUUCAUUUUAAUAUAUUAGUGGAUAAUCCAAUAUGUGUCAUGAAUCAAACAAUGGUUAAAACAUUUCAUAAAAGUGCAAAUCCAAGUGAGAAGUAUGAUCUUUUCUAUAGAGCCAUAUCUGCCAAUGUAUAUAAUGAAACUAUAAAUAAAACAAAAUCGGUUGCAAAAAAUUACUCAGAAAAGCUUGAAAAUGUUAAAAGUGUUUUAGCACAAUGUGUCAAAGAACUAAGUGAAUAUGAGACUUACGAAAAAAAAUAUAAACAGUUAGAAACAUUGAAAAAUGGUAAAUUUAAAUUUGAAAAUGAAUAUACUUGGCAUAUUGUUAAUCAACAUGAAACAACUUACAAAAAAUAUUUAAACGAAAUUGAAUCUCUUAAAAUUAAUAUGUCUGAGAACACAGACAAAACUAAUAUUUUGGAACAAAAUAUUAAAACAAGUUCAGAAGUUUUGCAGGAAAAAAAAAAAGAGUUGACAAAUACUGAAGGUUCUCGCUCACAUAGUCAUAUGGUUUUUAUGCAGACAAAAAAAGAAUUGCAGGACAAAAUCAGUGAGUUUGAUUUUGUGAAGCAAUCUGUUGGAAAAUAUGAUUCUGCUUUAAAAUUAUUAGUCAGUGAUAGAAAAGAUUUAGAAAAAAGCAUUGAAGUUGAACGUCAAAAAGUCAAUACUAAUACUUUAUCAGAGUAUAAAGAAAUGUUGAUAAACUAUGAGCAAAAAAUUUUUCAAGUAGAGGCAGCGCAAAUAGCUAAUAUAGAGCAUGAACAAACCCUGCUAAGUCAAAUUGAUGAAUUGAAAAUGAGAAUUGGAAAUCUAAAGAACAAUGAAGUUACUCCUUUACAAAGUAAAAUAAGUGAAAUUAAUAGAAAUAUUUUGAGUUUGUCUCAACAAGCAGACAAGAUGAAUUUUUAUGGAAACUGGAUGCCACAAUUAUUUAAUGCUAUUGAGAUCGCUUUUAAUCAAAACAAAUUUAUAAAAAAACCAAUAGGUCCUAUAGGAAAGUACAUUAAAGUAAAUAAUGAUAAAUGGAUAUUUGCAAUCGAAAACUUCUUAGGUCGAGAAACUUUAAGAUCAUUUUUAGUUGAUAAUUUCACGGAUCGUAUAGUUCUUCAAUCCAUAAUUGAUACCGUAAUAACAGAAAACACGAGAAAACCAUCUAUUGUUAUUAUCAAAUUUUUUGGCCAAGUACAUAAUACUACUGCACAUGAAACUCAAAAUAAUUUGUUUCGUAUGUUAGAUUUUACUUGUCCUGUAGUAGCUAAUUAUCUAAUUGAUAAUAAUAAUAUUGAAACAAUAACGCUUGUAGAAGACAUAGAGGAAUGUAUGACUAUAAUGGAAAAUGCAUACCUUGUUCCUAAAAACUGUAACUUCAGUUUAACUUUAGAUGGGACUCAAGUUCAUCCUAGCCCUAUGUAUAGAGUAUAUUCUUUACAAAGUGCUACUGAACCAAUUUUUUUGCAAAGUGAUGUUUCUGUUGCGAUUAAUAAUUUGAAAUUUGAAAAAAAAAGAUUAGAAAUAAACUUGAAUGCUUUAAACACGGAAUUAAAAAAUAUUGAAAAGUCAAAGGAAGAAAGUCAACAAAACUUUGACAAGACACAAUUGGAAAUAAAAUUACUAAAGGAAAAGUACAAUACAUAUUCAAAAAAAAUAAAUGAACUUAAAACUAAAUGUGAAGGAGAACACGAUAACAGGAUGACUAUUGUAACUGAAGAAAUAAAUGAGGUUGAUUUGAAAAUAGCUAAAGCCAAAGAAAUGAAAAAUAACUCCAUAAAACCAAUUCCAAAGUUAGAAGAAGAAAUUGGUAUAAUAAAUGAGAGACUACAAGAUAUAAAAUCUAUUAUUGAUAAGUCUGAUCGUUCUGCAUUAUUGGAAGAAAUUGAAAGUCUCCAGGCUAAAAUUAAUAAAUAUCAAACAGAAAUGUUGCAAAUUAAUAAUAAUUCAACUGAGCAAAAACAAUUAUUAAAAUAUUUACUUAAAAAAGCAGAAAAUGAAAAAAAAAAUCUAGAAAAAGAAAGAAAAUUAGCAGAAGGAUUAUGUGAAAAGAUUCAGGUAACACGCAAUGAAGAAGAUAUAAGGAGAGAUAUAGAAGAAAUUAAUCAUCAGUACCAAUUAUUAGAAAUGGAGCUUAAUAAGAGAGGUAAAAACUAUUUAGUCUUAAGAGAUGAGUGUAAAAAGAAAAAAAAAGAAUAUAUUCGUCUAAGUGUUUUAUGUAAACAAACUGCAGAGAUUUUUAAAGCCAACGAGCAAUCUGUUGAACUCAGUACAAUAGCACUUAUAAACUACAUUGAGUAUGUUCGGUUGAAAGUAAUUGAAUCUUUUGAUUUGGUGCUGUUAUUACGCAAAAUAAAAGGACAACUCGAAAUUAAUCAACAUGAACAAAGUAUGGUAAUUUCAAUGUUUGAUAACAUGAGUACUUCGUGUGUGUCUGGAGGUGAACGGACAUUUGCUACACUUGCUUUGAUUUUAGCAUUAUGGAGCAAUAUGCAAUUGCCAUUUUACUCCAUUGAUGAAUAUGAUGUAUACAUGGACGAUGCUAAUCGAUUAGCCAAUACUCGGAUGCUGAUGAUUGCUAUUAAAAAUCGUAAAAACCAAUUCAUAUUUUUCACUCCACACAACAUAUCCCAUAUAAAAAGUUCUGAUAAUAUUAAGAUAGUUACAUUAAAAAAAACAUAG